AAGACCACGCUGAAACUAUUUUUUAAAUGGAAUUUAAAUUAUCGACUUAGACUUAGAAUAAUCGACUAAGACUGAGCAUAAAACUUAACAGUUAUAUUAAUAUUUUUUUGGAAAUUUAUAAUAUAAAUUAAUAUAUUUCUUAUAUAAAUAGUGAGGCAUACCAUUAGGUACUGUGUAAUGAGUUUUAAAAUUGUUUGGAAUCAUAUCUGACGUAUUUUCGAAUAUUUGGCAGUGGAGAAUCAGAUCUAUCUGAAGACGAACAUUUCUUUGACGACAGGCAACAUCAACUGUCCUACACAUAUGCAUCAGGGAGUAGCGUGAGCGUCGAGACAGUUAACUUCAGGGAAAGUAUGGCGCGGGUGGAGGCGGCGCCCUUGCUGGGGUCGGCCCAGCCGCCCUACAAGACUAUCACACAUAAUCCGGACCCGACAAACACAAUUUAUGAAUAUAAGAAGAAUAUAGACAAUUCAAUCAAAGUAGACUCUAAAAAACAAAGUUCUCUAGUUACAAUUUUUUCAGUAUGGAACACAGUGAUGGGUUCCUCCCUGCUGACCAUGGCUUGGGGCGUGGAGCGCGCUGGUUUGCCCGCAGCACUGGUACUGGUCGCUUUUAUGUCCGCUUUGUGUUUAUACACGGCGUAUGUGCUGCUCAGAGUUAAUAAACAUCAUGGCACAGUGACGUGUGAGGUCCCAGCUCUAUGCCUGUCCCUCCUCGGGCCGUGGGCGGCGCGCGUGGCGCACGGUUUCAGCUUACUGGUACUUCUGGGCGCCAACGUAGUGUAUUGGAUACUGAUCACUAACUUCCUCUACUUCACCGUCAAUUACUUAGCAGAUCUUUCCAGUCCAAACGCGACCUACCCAACAGCGCUGCUCUGUCCAAAGCAAGCGGGCAUCAACGGGUCGCUCCUCAUACCCGAGCCACACGAUUCCAGCUACUGGGGACUCCACACCACGGUGCCUUUUUAUGUGGCACUACUCGUUUUCCCGUUGCUCAAUUUUAGCAAUGUGUCUUUCUUCACCAAGUUUAAUUCACUAGGAACCCUCUCCGUGGUCUACCUACUGAUAUUCGUGAUAGUAAAAGGCUGGGGCUGGGGCGUCAACGUAGCCCCGACGCCAGGGGAGGUCCCUGCGAGCACGGACGCGGCUGUUUUGAGCGGGAUGCUGGCGCUUUCGUUCUAUAUACACAAUAUCAUCAUCACUAUUAUGAGUAAUAACGAACGGCAGGAGAAAAACGGGCGGGAUUUGACGAUAGCCUUUGUGCUAGUAACCAUGACGUAUCUCUUAGUGGGCGCAGUGUUUUACAUAUGCUUCCCUCUUGCCAAGUCCUGUAUUGAAGACAAUAUAUUGAAUAACUUCGAAAUGCAUGACACUAUGACUGCAGUGGCGCGGGCGCUUCUGCUAUUUCAAGUUAUAACUGUGUACCCGCUGGUUGCCUAUAUGCUUCGUUCCGAAGCGCUGCUUCUCCUGCCGAUCAGCAACGCGAAUAAAGCACGCAUGAAAUUCACUAUCGGCAUAAAUAUUGUCAUCGUGGCUAUGUGUGUCACUGUGGCCUGUCUAUGUCCUAAUAUAGGGACUAUUAUUAGAUACACAGGAGCGGUGAGCGGUCUAGUACACGUCUUCGCGCUUCCCUCCAUCCUGCAAGUCAGGUCUCUGCAGCUUCGUGGAAAACUGACCUAUUGGAAACUGUUGUUAUACUUCCUUAUUGUCGCGUUCGGCGUCGUCAAUUUGGUCAUGCAGUUUUUUAUAAAGGAGUGACGCUUAGUGUAAAGUGAGGACGCUAUAACAAAUUGUAUCUAGCUAGGCUUACAACUAAUAGGGAUGACGACUACAUAAAAAAUGGCAUUCUGUUUAGUCCGUCAGUAAGAUCGUCCAAAAAUACUGAACACACAAUUUUCGCUUUUUCUAAUUAAUGAAAAAAUACAAAGAUAUAGAGCAUCAAAGUUCCGGAGGGCGGCUUGGGUCGUCACUUCUAAGUGACAAUUGUACCUAGGCGUGACGUCACGCGAAACUUCAACGCACUGUACCGUCGUUAUUUUUCGUUUACGAGAAAAAAGAAAAAAAUACGUGUCUAAAAUUCUUUUACAAUCUAACUGACGGACUAAUUAGUUUUUUUUAGUCGUCUCGCCUAUUUAAAAGUGGACAAGUCAGCACAUUUAGAUCAUUAGUAAUGCUUUGCCAUUUGUUUUAGCUAUAUCUUUACCUAAAGUCUGCAAAUAUUCACACCAUUUCGGCCUAUUAGAGUUACUCCAGCGACAUCUAACGAUAGUGUCAGACUCUAACUCAAUUUCAAGUGACUUUUGUAUUGACUGUUUUCUGACCAAUAUCUAAAUAAAUAAGGUCAGAGCGCGUACACACUUCAUUAAUAUUUUCUUAAGUGUUCUGAAAAUUAUUCCACAUUAGACUUUUCGUUCGUCGCGACAUCUAUUGACAAGAAGUACAGUACUUAGAAAAUGAAGUGAAGGCGUCUAGGAAAGUACUAAGCGCAUUUGUAAGAAAACUGGUGUAUGGAUGUUUACUUAUUUUUAGAUGGCCAAGAGAACUUUGCAUGUCAUUUGUGACGAAUUAACGAUUUCAAAUGUACAAUGAAUUGCAAAAGUGCAUGGCGAAUUUAUCAAUGAAUUCAUUCAUAAUUUGUCCAUGCAAUUUCGCAGCUCACUGUAUGUAUUUGAAAACAUGCAUGAUGUUUAUGAAUUUUGUUAGUUAUUUCAAUUAAAAUCGGUGCAAAAUUAGAUUACACAAAUUAUAGUAACUAUGAUUGAAUUAAUUGUGAUUCAUUUGUGAAGUAAAUUUCGUGUAAAACUAUUAUUUAGUUAGAUAUUAAUUUAAAAUAAAUUAUAUAUUAAGUACAAUGACUUAUUUUCACACCUUCGUGUCUUAAUAACAAAUAUUAUGAUAUCUAAAAAUAGAAAGAAACUUGGAAACUAUCCCGUCUAGUCAUAUUUUAUAACACUAAAGGAUGAGAUUUGUAUUGAAAAAUAAAGAAAAAUAAAUAAACAUG